CCCGAGGCCGACCCGACAGGCUGACGUUCGGCUGCUGCACGGGAGUCGCGUGGCGGGGAUGGCGCUGGCGCGGGCCUGGAAGCAAAUGUCCUGGUUCUACUACCAGUACCUGCUGGUCACGGCGCUCUACAUGCUGGAGCCCUGGGAGCGGACUGUGUUCAACUCCAUGCUGGUUUCCAUCGUGGGGAUGGCGCUCUACACGGGGUACGUCUUUAUGCCCCAGCACAUCAUGGCGAUAUUGCACUACUUUGAAAUUGUACAGUGACCAAGAUGUGACCCAAAUCUGGAGAUUCUGCAGCAAAGAACCACCCUCUGAAGUUGAAAUGAGACUUCAUCAGAUGUCAUAAGAAACUCUACUAGAUGUCAACAUAACCAACCUUAUGAAUAUAGAGACUAAAAUUCAUGAGUAGAACAGGAAGAUAAUCCUGACUCGUGUUGUGUUCUUUAUUUUUAAUUUUGAAAGAGGCUAUUGUAUAGUAGUUUUUGUCUAUUUUAACAUUGUAGUCAUUUGUACUUUGAUAAGUAUUUUCUUAAUAUUUGUGACUGUUUCAAUAUUGCCCCUGUGAAAGCUUUUCUUAUUGUAACUUUGAGUACAUUUUAAUUGCCUUCUAUUUCUAAAACCUGGAGUCAUUAGUUGGGCUUUACUUUUCUUGCUAUUGUAUGGCAUAUACAUCUGAUUGGAUAUAUUUCUACUUGACCAAAGUUUUGUAAGAAACAAUACAAGAUUUGGGGCAGGGGGUUGGGGAGGGAGGAUAUUUUAUUGAGAAUUAUUUACAAAAGACUUAGCUGUAAGUUUGAACUCAGGAGUACAGUUUCAGCUAUUUAGACUCUAACAACUUUUGCUUUAAAACUAUUAAAGUUUCUUA